CAACACAAGUGAUGGUAGACCUCUUCCUCCUCUUACUAAUAAAAUCAAGCUCACCGCAUCGUUGUGUAUGCUACUCCCUUCCCUUAAUCUCCUCUCCCAAUUGUGUCUCCGAUGGGUCCUCUGGUGCUGGUGUCUCAGUUGGCCACCGGCCUGGGCGUGCUGGCCGGGGCGGCCAUCGUGAAGUCGGUUGUGGAGAACCGACCCAUGGCGGGAGGGUGGCCGCGGUGUCCGUCGUGCAACGGGACGGGCCGCGUCGCGUGCCUGUGCUCGAGGUGGUCAGACGGCGACAUCGGCUGCCGGUCCUGCGCCGGCUCAGGCAUGAUGCUGUGCAGGAGCUGCGGCGGGUCCGGGUCUGGCCGGCCGCUCCCGAUUCAAGUUCCCAUGCGGUCCGGCCGCUCUCCGUGACAGGAGAGACGUAUUUGUAUAGAUCGAGUAAUUCGUGGCCAUGAACUGGUGGUGCCUAUAAUUUUGGAUUUUUUUCUCUCUCUUUGACUCGCUGUGGUUCUUGCUAUACUGAUAAACUUGACAGUAUAAUUUAAUGGAAAAUAUGCUCAGGUUUUGAGCAAGAUAGUGGCUCUUCUCUUUC